UGAAGCCAAAAUGUGUCACAAGCUGAAGCAAGCAAGCAAGCACACAAGUAGUAGAUGCACUCAUUAAAUGCCCAAAAAGAUUUCAUCUUUAACAAUAAAAACCCUAAUUACAAUUCCCCUCUUUCAUCUCUUCCUCCUUUAAACCCCCCUUCACUCCCCUCCACUCCACUCGCCACCCCUAACUAAAUUCUCAAAAUUCAUUUCCAACAUCCACCUGCAUUUCAACCACAAUCAAUGGAUUCACGAGAAUCACUUGCCCCACCACCACAACCGUCGCUACACCACCACCACCAACAACAACCCCACCACCACCACCAGCCGCCACCAGGCAUGAUGAUGCCACAAAACUCCUACUCCACCCACACCCACCACAAUCUACCCAACAAUUCCCAUGAUUCUUCAAUGGGUAGCAAUAAAAAUUCAAACUUGAUGACACCCAAUUCGAUUCACAACCGAUUCCCCUUCGGUUCUGAUCAGUUCGGUGACAGAUCGUCUCCGUCGGGCGGGUUUCGGCCUGGCGGGUAUACCUCUGAGCCGGCUAAGAAGAAAAGAGGCCGCCCCAGGAAGUAUUCGCCCUCGAACGAUGGCGGCAUUGCCCUCGGGUUGUCUCCGAACCCGGUUAGUGCUGUAUCGAAUACUGGUACUGGUGGUGGUGGGGGGAAUUUGGAGAAUUCGAAUGAUGGUAGCGGUGGGACUCCGAAUUUGGAUUCGGUUUCUAAGAAACAGAGGGGAAGGCCACCGGGUUUGGGGAAGAAGCAGUUGGAUGCUUUAGGUUUACCUGGAGUUGGGUUUACACCUCAUGUGAUUGUUGUAAAAGCAGGAGAGGAUAUUUCCUCAACGAUGGUCUCAUUUUCACAACAAGGACCUCGUACAGUUUGUAUUUUAUCGGCGAAUGGUGCCAUCAGCAAUGUCACACUUCGCCAGCCGGCAUCGACUGGUGGUACUGUAACUUAUGAGGGCCGGUUUGAGAUAAUAUCGUUAUCAGGCUCCUUUGUGCACUCAGAAAGUGACGGUAACAGCAAACCUAGUGGAUUAAGUGUUUCCCUUGCCGGUUCAGAUGGCCGAGUUCUCGGUGGCGGUGUUGCCGGGAUGUUGGUGGCGGCAUCACCUGUACAGGUUAUCGUUGGCAGCUUCAUUGCAGAAGCAAAGAAACCAAAAUCUAACGUCGGGCCAUCACCAGUUGCACCACCAAACAUGUUGAGUUUCGGUGGCGGCAGUGGCGGUGGAGGGGCGGUUCACGGUAUAAGUCCUCCAUCCGAAGGCGCAUCAAGCGAAUCUUCUGACGAAAGCGGGAGCAGCCCUCUUCAUAGGAUCCCGGGCUCCUACAACAACGCUACCCAACACCCACACCAGCACCAACACCAGCAGCAGCCGCAGCAGCAGCCGCCGCCACAGCCGCAGCACAUGCAAAAUCUUCCGAUGUACUCGAACAUGGGCUGGCCCAACUCCACCAUGAACAUGCUACCCAAUUAACUACAAAUACUAAAUUUCCCUACAAUAAAUCUGACAUCAUGAGGAUGAUGGUUGUGGUGGCGGUGGCGGUGGUGGUGGUUGUAGCGGCAAGUAUACAGUUCCUUUCAUAUGCUAACGCGCAUUAUGCUUGAAAACAAUCUUUUUAUAUUCAAGAUUUCAAAAUUUUUCUACCCUUUACUUUGCCUGUGGCUGUGGGUUAGUGUUGAAUCAGUGAUUGAAGAUGGUUAGUUGAGUAGCAUAAGAUGUUGAUCUAUCUGUUAGUAAAGUAUCUCUAAGAAGCUUUGAAUUUAGAAAUCGAGAUUGAAUGUACUUCUAGAAUCAAUCUGUGUUUUUUUUUUCUUUCUGGCCCGGUUCGGUUUGGGUAGGUUUUGGGCUCAGACCAAACCAAAACCGAAAACUCGUCUUGGUGAAUGAAAGGAAGCCGAUCACUUUCGGUUUUUGGUUU